AUGGCAAACAAGGACGAACAAGUACAAUUAGCAAAAUUUGCCGAACAAGCCGAGCGAUAUAAUGAUAUGGCGGUUAUCAUGAAAAGAGUAGCUGAGGCAAACGGUGAACUAACGAAUGAAGAACGUAAUCUGUUCUCGGUUGCCUACAAAAAUGUAACGGGCGCUCAUCGAUCACCUUGGCGAGUAAUGUGGAAUAUUGAACAGAAAAUGAAAGGUACAGAACGUAAUCGAGAAAUGGCCAAAGAAUAUCGUGAAAAGAUUGAAAAUGAAUUGAAAGAUAUUUGUCAUGAGCUUUUGGGUUUGCUUGAAAAAUAUCUCAUUCCGAAAGCAACGGCACCUGAAUCUAGAGUAUUCUAUUUGAAGAUGAAAGGUGACUACUAUCGAUAUUUGGCUGAAGUAGCUGCUGGUGGAGAACGACAAAAAAUGGCCGAAGAAGCGCAUAGUGCCUAUACUGAUGCCCUCGACGUGGCUAAGAAUAACAUGGCAGUAACGCAUCCAAUCCGACUCGGUCUUGUUCUUAAUUUUUCAGUCUUUCAUUACGAAAUUUUGAAUGAAACGGAUGCAGCUUGCCGCUUGGCCAAACAAGCUUUCGACGAUGCCUUGACCGAGAUAGAUUCCAUCGAUGAACAUUCUUAUAGAGACAGCAAUCUUAUCAUGCAGUUACUCCGAGAUAAUCUUACUCUGUGGACAAGUGAAGAAUCUGAUAGUGACCAGAUAAAUCAAUCAGAACAACAAGAAUAA